UUUGUUCUGGAUUCAGGGGUGAGGAAGACCUGCGCGCGCUGACAACCGACAGAAAAAGGUCACUACUCUUCCUCUCCAUUCUGAGAGAUGACACUCCCUCUGGACUAGACCAAGCCUGCACCACAACAGACAAACAUAGAAUCCAGUGGGCUGUGAUGAUGACGAUGAUGACGUUACUCUUCCUCCUCCCUUCAGACAGUCCAGCGUUUUGUGUGAUGGCCUGAGAGGGCUUCCCAGUCUAGCCUGCCUGCCUCUCCCGGGUCCAAACUGUCUGACUGGGACUCCCCCCCUCCCCGCCUGCUACGCCCUGCCUCCGUCGCCAUGGGAGACGGCCUGGAGGCGGGCAGCAGCCUAGACCCCGCCCCCCGCUCCCUCUCCUGUAACCCCCCGCCCCCCGAGACAUGGAACCCCUCGAGGCCCAAACGACAGACCAACCAGCUACAGUACCUGUUGAAGGUGCUGCUGAAGACGCUGUGGAAACAUCACUUCUCAUGGCCCUUCCAGGCUCCCGUAGACGCCAUCAAACUCGGCCUGCCUGAUUACUAUCAGAUCAUCAAGGUUCCUAUGGACAUGGGGACCAUCAAGAAGAGACUGGAGAACAGCUACUAUUGGAACGCCCAGGAAUGUAUUCAGGACUUCAACACCAUGUUCACCAACUGUUACAUCUACAACAAGCCUGGUGAUGACAUAGUGUUGAUGGCAGAGGCUCUCGAGAAGAUGUUUCUUCAGAAGAUCUCUGAGAUGCCCCAAGAGGAGACUGAGAUCCCCAUGGUUACCAAGGGGCGGAGGGCGGGGCAGAGAGAAGCAGGUCUCCUGUCUAAGUCUGACUCCGGCCAGGAUUCAUCUCCCUCCUCCACCCCCCACACCCGAGGUUUCUCCUCCCCGUCGCCGGUCCCUCAGACUCGGGGUCUCCCCGUAUCCCAGGGGCCCCCCACCCUCCCCCUCGCCCUCCCCCCUCAGACCCAGCCCCCUCGCGUUCCCCCCACCGCUCCCUCCCACGCCCCCCAGCUGGGACCACCCUUCCCCAUCAGCCCUCUGGAUAUCCUGGCCCAGGGCCUCACCUCCGUACCCCACCACCCCCAGCCCACCCAGGCCUUCACCCUGCUGCCCCACCCAUCCCCCAGAGCAUCGCACCCCCAGCUAAGGUCCCCCACCCCCCACCUGCAGCAGAGGAAGAGCCAGAAGAGGAAGGCUGACACCACCACACCCACCGCCAACGACCAGCUCAGCGAGUCGUCUCCCGUGGCGACGGAGCCCCCCCGACCCCGCCGUGAGAGCAGCAGCCGCCCGCUGAAGCAGCCCAAACGAGACCCCGCCCAGCCCGACUCCCAGCACCACCUGGGGCUAGGCGGGGGGGUUCCCGGGGGCGGAGCGUUAACGAGUCACGGCGGGAGCCCCAAACGACAGGAGCAGCUGCUGUUCUGUGGCGGUCUUAUCAGAGACAUGUUGUCUAAGAAACACAUUGCGUACGCGUGGCCCUUCUACAAGCCUGUCGACGCGCACGCCCUCGGCCUCCACGACUACCACCACAUCAUCAAACACCCUAUGGACCUCGGAACCGUCAAGGAUAAGCUGGACAGCAGGCAGUACAGAGAUGCUCACCACUUUGCUGCUGAUGUCCGGUUGAUGUUCUCCAACUGUUACAAAUACAACCCCCCAGACCAUGACGUGGUCAAUAUGGCACGCAAGCUACAGGACGUGUUUGAGAUGCGCUUUGCCAAAAUGCCUGACGAGCUUGAGGAGACGGCCCUCCCCUCCCCAGUCCUCAAACCCCUCCCCACCAUCUCCCCUGCCCUCCACCCCGUCCCCACCCUCCACCCCCUCCCCACCCCCUCGGCCAGACAACCCCCUGCCCCCCGACCACCCUCCUCCUCCGAUGACAGCUCCUCCUCGUCGGAAUCAGAAUCCUCUGAGGGAGGUUUGGAACACGAGAGAACACAGAGACUGGCUGAACUACAGGAACAGCUCAAAGCUGUUCACGAACAGCUGGCCGCUCUGUCCACACCCCAGGCCACCAAGCCCAAGAGAAAAGAGAGGGAGAAGGAGAAGAAUAAAGACAAGUUCAAGAAGAAGAUGGGAGGGGAGGAGCCACCGGAGAUCCCGCCCCCUGCCAUCCUCCAGCCAAUCAGAAAGAGCAAAAACAGCAAGGAGCUGGUGACCACGCCCAAGAAAAUCAAGAAGCCCAGUAAGAAAGAGAGUAUGAAGAGCAGUCGUCCGGGCGCCCCACAUCAGACCGGCUCCACCCCCCUUGCCCCCUCAGCCUCGCUGGAGGCAGAAGAUCACAUGAGUGUGUUUGUGGGCGGGGCAGCUGACAGGUGUAAGCCAAUGUCCUACGAGGAGAAACGCCAGCUCAGUCUGGACAUCAAUAAACUGCCCGGCGACAAGCUUGGCCGCGUCGUCCACAUCAUCCAAUCACGAGAGCCAUCGCUCAAGAACACCAACCCAGACGAGAUAGAGAUCGACUUUGAGACUCUGAAACCCUCGACGCUCCGAGAGCUGGAGAAAUAUGUCUGGACCAGCCUUAGAAAGAAGAAGAAAUCACAGCCAGCAGUAGAGAAGGCUCUGGAGGUGACCAGUGUGAUGAAGAUGAAGACAGGAUCUUCAUCAGGCAGCAGUGACUCCUCUGACAGCGACGACACAGGGCUGGCCCCCAGCAGCAAAAACCCCCUAGUUCAGUCCAAACCCCCCAGCAUCUGCAUCAACACCCCUUCGCCCCCUCCUCCUCCUCCCUCCAUCCCCACUGUCCCCGUGACCUCUCUGGACUCCUCUUUGACCUUUGACCCCCUAGCUCACUUCCUGGCCCCCCAUCUGAGCCAGCAGGUGGGGGAGCCCCUCCGUAAUGAACUGGGGGCCCCUGCCGCCGGACCCCCCCACCUCAACGCUACCAACACACACACCUCUGAGAGCACACAGCCCUUCCUCAACCAGCAGGCCGUCAUGCCCUCCGUCAUGCUCUCCCCAGCACUCCACAAUGCUCUCCCCCAGCAGCCGUCCCGCCCCAGCAACCGAGCGGCCCCCAAACCCCCUCAGCCUCCCCCCUCCUCCCUCUCCACCCCCUCCACUCCUCCUCCCCCCCAGCCCUCCCUCCACAUUCCCCAACCGUCCUUCCCUCGCCCUUGUGUCCCCUCUCCCCCCACCCCCCACGGAAUCCUGGGGGUCUCGGCCCAACCCCCUCAAGCCCUAUUUGAGGACGACGAGGAGGCCGUGCCCACAAACUCUGAAACCCCUCCCCUCCCGCUCAGCCAGUUGCACAUGUACCUGCAGUCGUCUCGGCCCCCGGCCCACAUACACCCCCACACACAGUCUCCUGUGCAGGUCCAGUCUCGGCCCCCGGCACACAUACACCCCCACACACAGUCUCCUGGGGGGGUCCAGUCUCGGCCCCCGGCACACAUACACCCCCACACACAGUCUCCUGUGCAGGUCCAGUCUCGGCCCCCGGCACACAUACACCCCCACACACAGUCUCCUGUGCAGGUCCAGUCUCCGCUCAUGUCCCGGCCCCCGGCCCACACACAGUCUCCUGGGGGGGUCCAGUCUCAGCUCAUGUCCCGGGCCCCGGCCCACACACAGUCUCUUGGGGGGUCCAGUCUCGGCCCCCGGCCCACACACAGUCUCCUGGGGGGGUCCAGUCCCGGCCCCUGGCCCACACACAGUCUCCUGGGGGGGUCCAGUCUCGGCCCCUGGCCCACACACAGUCUCUUGGGGGUCCAGUCUCGGCCCCCGGCCCACACACAGUCUCCUGGGGGGUCCAGUCCCGGGCCCCGGCCCCACACAGUCUCCUGGGGGUCCAGUCUCGGCCCCGGCCCACACACAGUCUCCUGGGCGGGUCCAGUCUCGGCCCCUGGCCCACACACAGUCUCCUGGGGGGUCCAUUCUCAGCUCAUGCAGGCCAUGCAGACUCAGUCACAGGCAGCGGCCGCUCCAACCCAGCAACAGCAGAGGCUCGCAACACAUUCUCACUCACACCCUCACUCACACCCUCACUCACACGCUCACACACACCCUCACUCACACCCUCACGCACACAUGCAGCAGGCGGGUCAGGGGAUGUCGUUCCCCCAGCAACAGAGCACCAUGCACCCGGCACAGAAAGGGAUCAAGCAGAUACUACAUCCACAACCAUCACCACGGAUCAAAACGGAGCCUUUCAACACAGGUCCUCUGAGGGAGAGCCCCUCCCCUCUGAUGAUACAUUCUCCCCAGAUGCCUCAGUUCCCACCAAUGAGACAGUCCCCUUCCCAGCCCAAGAAACCUAACCAAAGGGUGAAAGAGGAGAAGCCACUCCCCCCCCCGGUGCUGCCCCCCUCCCCUUUCAGCCCCACCCAGCGACACCACAAACCACAAGACAACAAACACACACACAUCAAUAGGUCACCUGAAUCAACCGAUCAAUUGACUCCUGCAGGAUCAGAUGUGAAGCUAUUGGACAGUUCUCGUCCUGGGCUCCGCCUCCCGGACUCCCCGGCCCCUCCCCCUUCCCAUCAGGACAGCAAACUGAAGCAGGAGGCUAAAACACCCAUCACCGCCAAGAAGACACAGGAGGUGAAGUUAAAGAACAUGGGUUCUUGGGCCAGCUUGGCCCAGCGUUCUCAGUCCACCCCCACCUCCGCUGUCCGCUCCUCUAGCGACAGCUUCGAACAGUUCCGUCGCGCCGCCCGAGAGAAGGAGAGAGAGAAACAGCUAAAAGCACAGGCCGAGCAGGCCAGGAGAGAGCAGGAGAAACUACGUAGCCGUGACGACGAGGACUCUGUGGAACAGCAGGGGAGGGUGCGUGUCCAGGACUCUCGCCGUCGCCAGGAGCAACUUUCGCCUCAAGCCCCCACGCCCCCUGCCUCAACCCCUCCCGCCGUCUCCCCACAGGCCCCUCCCACUGAACAGGCCACACCCCCACCCUCGGCCGCAGCACAGAACGCCAUGGACCAGCAGAGGGAGCUGGCAAGACGCCGCGAGCAGGAGAGGAGGAGGAGAGAGGCGAUGGCGGACACCAUUGACAUCAACUUCCAGAGCGACCUGAUGGCCAUCUUUGAAGAGAACCUGUUCUGAGAGAGAGAAUGAGAAAGGAGGAGAGGGAGACAAAUGAACUCUACCUUAUCCCACCGGGGAUUUCACACACAACACCCCCCCUCCCUCUCUGUGAUUAGAGACCUCAGACCAGGAUGUGAGCUCCAGAGACUUGACGGAGACUGAGGUAAUAAGGUGGAGCCCCCCCCAGCGGUGGGGACCGGGAGUGCAAUUUCAGAUGCGUUUUUUGUGUCUAACUGCCCGUUUUAUCGUCGAUGAUUGGUUGUUGCCGUGGGCAACGGUGAAACCGGAUACCUGUCGAUAAACAGAUAUUUGAACUCCUCUUGUAUUCUGAAACUAAACCGAGGGAGGAGGGGAGGACUGAGAACUAUUACCUGAACAUAAAGAAGAGGGGAAAAUAAAGAGGGUUUAAUGUAGAAAGAAGAAGAAGAAGAAGAUGAUGAUGAGCACCUUAUGUUCUUCUGACAUGAGAGAGGGAGGGAGGGGCGAACGAGAGGACGGACAGACUUCUUUCUCUCUGAUUCAUUUCUCUCUUCAUCUAGUAUUUUUCUCACCCUGUUUUCUGAUGUUGGCCUUUAAGCGGGGUGGGUGAGGGGUUGGGGAGGGG